AUGUCUGCAAGAUUGACAAUAGCUGUAACAGACGAUAAACAUAAUCAAGCUGCUGAAAAACUUGAACUUGAAGUUUGGCGUGUUGUGACCGACAGCUCCGGUGUACAACGACAUAGAAUUAAGAAAGAUUUUAUAAAUGAGAAGGGAAUAAUAGAAACGCCAGUGAUAAUUGAUAGCUUUGGUGCCUACGAAGUUAUAUUAAACACUAAAGGUUAUUAUCAACGAUUUUCUAUUCAACAACAAGAGUGUACAGAUAUGAAUGUUAUUCAGGAUAAAUAUGUAAUUUCCAUCGGUGUAAAUGAAUUAGAUAAAGAUUAUCAUUUAAAUAUUCAUAUUACACCAACAACUUAUUCGGCUACCUUUUAA